ACUAGCCUCCAUGUCCAGUGAUGCGAAAAGCCAGCGCUCGCAGAUGCGCGUGUAUGCGGGAUCGUCGACCGCAACGUCCUCGAUCCAUGUGCUGCCCAAGACGAUGAAUGAUCCGCCUCCGUCGCUUCGUUUGCCUUUUCUCCUCGAGAUCGGCGGAAUGCUCUCUGUCGUCGUUGCAGUGGGACUCGGCGUCUACGCCCUCCUUGUCUUUGCCUCGUACCUCGAGACGGACUUCCUCGUUCCCAACUUUGGCACUGCGGUACCAGUCCUUGUCGCUGCACUUAACCACCGGCUCGCCGUCACGGGGAUCGGCGCAGUUGACGUAGUCGCGCCCCAAGCUGCCUACGUGCCGUUGCUGCAAGGCGUGAGCCCGGCGUAUCCGCGCCUCAUCAUGUACCAAGAGCUCACGCGCCUCUUGGAUGGCGUGCGCGGUCUCCGCCGACUGGCCGCGACUCAAGUCGUCAUGAUGGUCUCGCCCUACUGCUGGGCCGAUCUCAACAAAACGUACGAGCUCGCGUACACUGUGAAGCGCCAGGCGCGGUGCAAGCAGACGGAAGCCACCAACGGCGCCGUGCACCUCGAGACAGUGCUCCGCAACAUCGAUUUCAACGGCUUUCUGGAGGCGACGCAAGGGCUCUUUUUGUCUGCGAUCGCCCACCCGAUCGCGAGAAGCGGGGCACCCGGUGCCGCGUGGCUCUCGGCGCUGCAGACGCACGUGUGGACCGCAGAGUCGGAUGAAGUGGCGCUCUGGACGUCGUUCGGGCUCAACCGCUACACGCUGCAGUACGGCACCGGCAUCCGCAUUGGCGUGUUGGAGACAGUUCAAGUCGAGACGGCGCUCGGCCAAAGCUUGCUCUUGCCGCUCAAGACGAUGCCAACGACCAAUCGCUGGACGUUCCGGACGACCAAAGUGCUCUACAACCUUCUCUACAACGACUUGUACGCGAUUGGACUCAACCAAAGUCUCGUGCGAGGCACGACCAACUACUUUGGCGACAUUGACGUCAGCCAGAUCGAGGCGUAUGCACAGGGCCUCCCACUGCGACCGGCACAGCAAGCCAUCCACGACAUGAUCGGCUCACUCGGCAGCAUCGACGCCAAGUGGAUGCCGCCGCCCCAUAGCUUGGUCGCUGCCGUCGCAACCUUUCAAGCCGCCAUCAACGCACAUUUGGUCGCUGUAUCGUCGCUGCCAGCGAUCGAUAUGGCCCGUGAGAGUCUCUACCCGACGCCACGCCGCUGGGCAAAUCCGCAACUACGUUUUGUCUCGGGCAACCCAAUGUGCACGACGGGGACACCCCAGAGCUUUGUGCAGCAAACCUUUGGGUUCGAUGACAUUUGCAGCAGCCAGACGCCGUUGACGCUCGAGUGGCACGGCUUCAACGCCGCCUUUGCACUCUGGCUGCUUGGCGGCUCGGUCUCGGCGACCGACGUCUGCGCGCCAUUCCCCGGUGCUCCGCAGGCGUGCGAGCGGCUUCUUGCCGACGCCACGACGCUCUACGCAGCAAUGUCGCCUCCGCCUCUCGAUCCUUCGCUGCUAUCGGAGUUGGCGGCGCUGCAGAUAGGACUCCUCCAAAUCUUGAGCACCAACCAAGCUGCCAUCACGAUCGACCAGCAGCUUCUGUUGGCGCCCGAUUUUGUGUUUCUCGGCGCUAUGUACCUCUACGACUGGGCGACUAACUUUCGCGAAGUCGUCUCGUUCCAAGGCGACGAGGGCACCCACACACUCGUCUCGACCUUGUACGACGCCGUGGCCGCCGACCCGAUGGCGCCGCCCGCAGCGUUUGGACCGUACCUCUGGUAUCUAGCGACAGUCACAUCGAGCACAUUGGCCGCCCUCGCGGUGCUGCUCUUCGGCCUGCGCUGUUGCAGCAGCAGCGCGGGCUACGAUUGGCUGCGCUUCACGCCUUUGGUGGCGUCCGUGUGGGUGAGUCGCAACCUCUUGGUAUUUCGAAGCGUCGCGGCCAUACUGUGCUUGGCCACGGCGCCACUUGACGCUUCGACCCAUGGCUUGACACGCCUCGUGCUAGCGCCACGUUCGAUCUGGAUAUCGAGCUUGCUUGCGCUGGAAACUCUCUGGCUCGCACAUGUGGCCCACGAUGUGCUGAUGCCACUGAGCGACGCCUGGCUCGAGCUCCCGAUUGCGUUCAUGGGGUGGUUCGUGCUCGUUUUGAUCGACCAAGUGGCGCCCAUUACGCCCUCCGCGUCCCUCGACCGACAGUGCUACGCCAUCAAUAUGGAUCAAACGACGUACUGCGCUAGUGGAACCGUUCGCGCUGGCAGCUUUCAUCGAAGCGUCGUCGUGACUGCGGUCGUCGGGGCCGUCAUUGUCGCGUCCUUUGCGUGGUCAAUCUGGCGACAACGGAGCUCGACGCAGGGACCGAUGCUCCGCCCCAGCGCCAUGCUGCCCCAAAUGGCCCCUCUCCACGUCACAGCGACGGGCCACCAAGUGAGCAUGGUCACCGCCGUCAUGUGUGGUCUCGUGCCUCUAGCGUGGCGAGACCACACCUACGUAUUUGAUCUCAAGCUCUGGCUGGCUUUGCCGUCGGACGGCACUGCGCUGGCGUCGGCGGCUCAUGCCCGCGUAACCGUGCUGCCGUUCAGCGCCCCGUCGACGGCCUCGCGCGCAGCGACGACCGCACCUUCUGUGCUCCGCCGCAAGUCUGUGCAGCGGCUUUUGCGCUUUGUCGGUCUCUCGUACAUUGGCGUGACGCUCUGGAGCAACACUGCGUACCUCAGCGUCUUGGAGACAGCGCUAGGCAACGACUUUGGCUGGCCCGGCUUCAAUUCCACCGGCAUGCACGCUUUUCUCGCCAAUACGUUCAACCGGCAGCUCCUCACGUCCACUGACGCCACCCUCGCACUGCACGACCCGAUGUUUGGCGACCCGCUCCAGUCGUACAACUCGUCUGCUACGACUGUCACGUGGUACCCCACGAUGGCGCGACGGUACCUCUUCAACGCCUCCGCGCCGCUGCAGGAGCUCGUGCUGGGACUCCGAGCCAUGGACCCGUGUCAGCUGCCGUGGAUGUUUACGCAGUACUGCUGGCUGGACCUGGAUCGAACGUGGGAAAUGGCCAGCACUCGCCAGCGGCAAGUACGAUGUACGGCGAGCCAGCACAACGGCGCCCGGUACCUCGAGACGAGUCUGCGCAAUGUACAGGACUGGACGACGUGGCGCUCGUGCUGGGGCACUUCGUUCGAUGUCGGUAUCGGCAACGACUUGGCGGCGACUGUGACGGGCCGUCGCUGGCUGCAGCUUGUUCAAUCGAAUCUGCUGUCUGUACCCGAGGAAGUCGACGUUUGGAAGGCGUAUGGCAUCUCGGUGUUUUUGCUGCAAUGGCAAAACUACAAAGACACGGGGCUAAGUGACGCGAUGGUCAUCACUACGCCGUUCGGCCUUCCGUACACGCUGCCCAUCAGUGAGCGCAAAGGCGUUCUGCACCUCGAUCGCCAGACGUCCCAUCGCAUGUACUGGGGUCUCGCCAGCGACCUCUGGGCCGUCGCCAACAAUGCAACCAGCAUCGGCGGCUUGUCGCUCCUCCGCAGUAGUCCCAAGUUUGCCUUUACAAAUGCGACACGCGCACAAUUGCUCUUUGAAAACCGAACGCUCUAUGCGCCUCUCAACCCGGGUUUGGCGCUGUAUCAUAGCUCAUUGGGGCCGUUUGGCGCCGUCGACAUGGUGUACGUGAGCUGCCCCCCGUCGCUGCUAGCUCUCUACGACUACGUUUUGCACGCGGUCGGAAGCGUAGCGAGCUUGAAUGUGGAGGCGCAGACGGAGUUUCUCAGUCUGCCUGCCAAAACAUACAUUGGGCAGCUCCCAAGAACCCUCUUGAACGACCCAAGUCUGCGUCUUGUCGGGGGUAACCUUAUGUGCGGCAACGACCUCCCGGGAUCCCGCCCCUCGGGCGCACUCCUGACGCUCUUUAGCGCCGACACGGUGUGCGCGUGGCGAUACCUCGACUUUCUAACUCCGACGACGACCGGGCUCGUUUUUGCGCUUGCGGCUUUCGACGCCGUCCACCGCCUCGAGCCAAGUCUCGACUUUGACCUGUUUUGCGCCAGUGACGUGUACGCCGAGCCCAACUGCGCGGCCAUCUACGCCGCCUCCUAUGCCUUUAUGCUCAACCACUUGACGAACGCCCGAGACAGCUUUCGUCCACUCGCGACGGCAGCCGAGGCCGACCUGCAAGCCCUCUCGAUCGAGAUGACGCAGUACAUCAACCGCAGCGGCAGCAUGGAGCUGUACAGAAUCAAUCUUUUGGACCCCUCCGACCGACCUUGGACGUUCUUUGGAUGGAACUACGUGACUGCGUGGGUCAUUGGCCAGCGCGAAGUCGUCUCGUUCCAAGGCGACGGCGGCACGGUCACGGCCAUCUCUCGCUACACGACUCCGGCAUCACUCACGUUAACCGAAGCCGCAAUCCCGACGCGCCUCUCGUACGUCUGUCAGCAAUGUGUCCGGUACGUCACCGGUGCCAUCAUGGCGGGCGCGGGCGUCGCGGCCUAUUAUGCCAUUUUCGUAUGCCGUGGCCACAUUGAGGGCAUGAACCUAUUUGCGAUCAACCGGCUCAUUGGCCACGCGUGGAUCGGCCGAACACUUCUAUUGGUGCGCGGCGUCACGGCGCUAUGGCUGCUCAACACACCUUCGCUGGAGCUCAAGGCCAUUGGCGCCGGCGCGCGCUUUUUAGCGCUGCCGCUCGGGUGGUUCCCGACGCUUCUUGCGUCGUCCGAGCUCACGUGGCUGGUGUACAUCGCCAACGAUCUCUUGAGCUGCGUCACGCGACAGUACACGCCGUCAUACGCCUGGAAGAGCUCGGUCGCGGCCUGCGUGGUCGCAGCGGCCUGGACGUUUGCUGUCCCGAAACACUACAUUGCUUACGUGCACCGACAUUGUAGCUACGUCGACAUGGAUCUGGCGCUGGUGUGCACCAGCGGUCACGUUGAUUUGGGCCAUUGGAGUCGUGUCAGUAUUGACGUCGGUCUCUGCCUCGCGUGUGUUCUUAUUUUGGCGCUCGUGGAGCGGCUACGACGUCCGCAGCUUCCGUUGGCACCAGCGCCGUCGCUUCUUCUCAAUACGACAAGCGUCUACUCGUCCAACCUCGCAAAAUGGGUCGUCAACGGUCGCCAGUACAUGGACCGCAUGUCGGCUGCCAUGGGUGGCCUCGUGACGUGGCGCUACCGCGACGUUUUAUACGUCUUUGACAUCAAGUGCUGGCGGACCUUUGUCGUCGAACCCGAGGCUCAGUGUCCGUUUGACGUUGGCGCCGUCCUGCCGCUCGAUCGCAUUUGCUAAGUCAUCGGGAAGAACGUCUCUUACUGACAGGCCCAAUGCAUCAUCCAAGCAAUGACGCGGCCAGAUCGUGACUCUAUUCGACCGUCUGAGGCUCCUCCAGACUAAGUUACCAAAUCGAAACUUUUGCAACCUUCUCAAA